GGCCCAGCCCAGGCUCAGGCCGAGACCCAGAGACUGCCCUACAUCAUCUCAUUUUUCUUUUUAGGAAGUUUUCUCAUGAAAACCACAGGCUCUUUUGGUAAGUACGCGACUCAUCAAAACCUUGCAUUUGGACUGUGCAGCGUUGACACCGUGUGUCAUUAUUCUGAAUAGAAGUACGCAAAUAUCUCACAAAGUUAAGCUGUCAAAUUCUACUACAUUGUUGGAACAAGAAAACCUCUUCUGCAACACCUUGACCGCUCUAAUGGCGACUCCAAACCUCUUUCUAUCAGUUCUGAUGCUUUCUGUGAUCCUUUUAGUGAUACCCACCUCAUGCAAAAAGUGCACAAACAGUCAAACAGAGCUUUCAUCUCACACCCUUCGCUAUCACCUCCUCUAUUCUUCCACCAUUAACGAAUCAUCUUAUUCUUCUUAUUUCCCUCUCAUUAAAAAGCCGUCCGUGAGGGUGGGUUUUUCUCUUUAUCGAAGAAGCAGCAGCAGAAGGCGAGCUCUUUAUCAGAAGGAUAAGGAAGAGAAGGUUUUGGAAUUGAAACCUUUUUCUUUGCAUAAAGUGAGAUUGGAUGAAGACUCUGAUUAUGGUAGAGCUCAAAAGACCAACCUUGAAUAUCUUCUUUCUCUAGAUGUUGAUAGACUGGGCUGGAGUUUCAGAAAGACUGCUGGUGUUUAUGCUUAUGGAGAGCCUUAUGGGGGAUGGGAGAGCAAGGAUUGUGAGCUUCGAGGCCAUUUUGUUGGCCAUUAUCUGAGUGCAACCGCUUUAAUGUGGGCAAGUACACAUGAUGAAUCCCUAUGGAAUAAAAUGAACUCUGUCAUUGAUGCUCUCUAUGAGUGCCAGCAAAAAUUAGAUUCAGGAUACUUGUCAGCCUUCCCUUCCGAGCUUUUUGAUCGUUUCGAGGCUGUCAAGCCUGUUUGGGCUCCAUAUUAUACGAUCCACAAGAUAAUGGCAGGGCUUCUGGAUCAGUAUACUUUGGCUGGUAAUAAGAAAGCAUUAGAAAUGGUCAAAUGGAUGGCUACAUAUUUUUACAACCGUGUGCAGAACGUGAUUAGGAAGUAUACAAUUGAGAGACACUGGACAUCUCUCAAUGAAGAGACUGGAGGAAUGAAUGAUAUUCUCUAUAGCCUGUACACGUUGACUGGAGAUCAAAGACAUCUAGAAUUGGCCCAAUUAUUUGAUAAACCAUGUUUUUUGGGUUUACUAGCAAUGAAGGCUGAUAGUCUCUCAAAUUUUCAUGCCAACACUCAUAUCCCUAUUGUUAUAGGAUCAGAAAAAGGAUAUGAAGUUACCCAAGAUUCUCUACUGAAGGAAAUUAGUGUGUUCUUCAUGGAGACAAUUAAUUCUUCUCAUGCAUAUAUUACUGGUGGUACUUCUGCAGGUGAAUUUUGGACUGAUCCAAAACGUCUUGGGAGCACCCUUGGAACAGAAAACCAGGAGUCUUGUACAUCAUACAAUAUGCUAAAGGUGGCUCGUAAUUUAUUUCUUUGGACUAAGUCAGAGGUUUAUGCUGGUUACUUCGAGCGUUCUCUCAUAAAUGGAGUUCUGAGUAUUCAAAGAGGUACAGAGCCUGGAGUUAUGAUUUAUAUGCUGCCUUUGGGUCGCGGAAAAUCAAAGUCAAGGAGUUACCAUGGUUGGGGAACACCAGAAAAGUCUUUCUGGUGUUGCUAUGGAACAGGAAUAGAAUCCUUCUCAAAGUUAGGGGAGUCUAUCUAUUUUCAAGUGAAUGGGGCAUCUCGAUCCCUGUAUGUCACGCAGUUCAUACCAAGUACUCUUACUUGGGAUGCUGCAAAACUUAUUGUGAAGCUAAAGGUUCUGCCACUGCAUUCAUGGGAUCCCUACCUCCAAAUUACAUUGGAGUUCUUUUCUCUAGAGGUUGAUGGGGCAAGAAGCUUACUGCAAUCUACUGUCAACAUACGAAUGCCAUCAUGGACAUCUGCUUCUAAUUCGCGAGGAAUGCUGAAUGAUGAAAAUAUCUUCUUACCAGAACCAGGGAACUUUCUGAGGAUUACAAGAACGUGGGAACCUGGAGAUAAGCUGAACAUGGUCCUUCCAGUUAGGCUGCAGACGGAACCCAUCAAAGAUGAUCGUCCCGAAUAUGCAUCAGUUAUGGGGAUUUUGUUUGGCCCCUACGUGCUUGCUGGCAUGAGCACUGGUGACUGGGAUCUGAGUGUGGAUAACUUAGAGCUCUCCAACUGGAUUACUCCUGUCCCUGAAUAUUUCUCCUCACAGUUAAUAACGCUUUAUCACAUGAGAGAGGAUAACCCCAUGAGUGAGGAUUGGGUUUUGGUCCAUGAUGGCAACAUGGUUUACUUGGGACCGGGUCCAAAGGAGGGCACCGAUGAAGCUGCUAGGGCCACAUUUAGGGUUAGGGUUAUAAACCAAACAUCAGAAGAGGAGAAGAGACAUGACAUGGACUUAGUAGGCAGGCUUGUUUCAUUAGAAGCCUUUGAUCAACCCGAUUUAUUAGUGGCACAUACGGAUGAGGACAAAAAAACUGUCUUCAUGAAGGGCUCUUCUAGUCCCAAUGAAUUGAACACUGUUUUCUUAGUGCAUCAAGGGCUAGAUGGCCGUAAUGAUACAAUCUCUUUUGAGUCUUUGAGUGCUCGUGGUUGCUUUUUAUGGGCACCGAGAAUUGAGGAUCCGGAGGUCAAAAUGCAUUGCCACAAUGCGACUGCAUUGGUGGAUGGAGCUUCAAGUAGCUUUGUUGCAAGGAAAGGAGUUUCUCAAUAUGAUGCUCUUAGCUUUAUUGCUAAGGGAGCCGAAAGGUCCUAUCUUCUUUCGCCAAUAAUGGGUUACAAAGAUGAGUCCUACACUGUUUUUUUCAAUGUUACUUAUUCUGGUUUGGAUCAAGUGGCAAAUGCAUAAACCAUGAUGAAAUGGCGUACACAGAUUGUGAAGUGGGCAACUCCAAUACAGUAUGGUAAUGUAAUGAUCCAAUAAAUGCAUUGAUGGUAAAUAAGCUCUAUUUUUUAACUUGCA